CAUUAAUAUUUACUAGUCUGUGGAACUAGACCUGUCUCCUGUACCAGCUUAUUUAGCGUUGCAAUGAAAUAAAAGGCCAAAAUAUUUCAGAGUUAUCUUAAAUUAAUACUCAAAUUAUCCGUAAUAAGAUGGCAAAUCAUUAUGAGGUACCGAAUUGGGCUGGAAAACCGCCGACUGGUCUUCACCUUGAUGUGCUAAAAGGUGAUAAAUUGAUACAAAAACUGAUGAUAGAUGAGAAGAAGUGCUACUUGUUUGGUCGUAACCCACAGAUGAACGACUUCUGUAUAGACCAUGCAAGCUGUUCCAGAGUUCACACUGCAUUUGUGUAUCAUAAACAUUUGAAUAGAGCUUUCUUAGUGGAUUUAGGAAGCACACAUGGUACAUAUAUCGGAAGUAUGAGGUUGGAAGCCCAUAAGCCAACACAGUUACCAAUUGAUUCCACAUUUCACUUUGGAGCUUCAACAAGGAACUACAUAAUUAGAGAGAGGCCGACAGGCAAUUCUCGUGGUAUAAUGGAAGAUUUGCCCAACACUGAAACUGAAGGUGCCUUACUUGGGUUGCCAGAGACACAGACUGAGUUAGAUAAUCUUACUGAAUUCAAUACAGCACACAACAGACGAAUUUCAAUGUUGGGCAUAUCAACUGAGGAUGGAACUGAUGUUAUGAAGCCCCCUACUGGUACUAAGAGAUCAGCAUCAAUGCCAGGAGGAGUGACCAAGAAACAGAAACGUAAUGUGUCAUUUAAUGAGGAAGUUGAUAUCAUUAACCCAGAGGAUAUUGACCCCACUGUGGGCAGAUUUAGAAACCUCGUACGAUCAACGAUAGUGCCUAAUGCCAAUGCAUCAACCAAGAAACUAAAAUUGCAGAGUGCAGAUGAAAGUCAGCACCACCAUUCUCUGCGGUUGCAGGAAAUAUCGAGAAGCAACCAUUUAUACUCAGACUUGCCGGCGCCUAGUUCACAUUUAAGUCUUAUUGGAGCUAGGUUGGGUCUUUCAUUACCAAAUCCAGCACCUGAUGUUGAGUUGGAGGGUCCGGAACCACAUCUCAAUAUCCAUCCACCUUUGCCUCAUACUGCUCCAGAAGAUUCCGGCCCAUCCAGCGAGCCGAAGAAAAAGAAAUACGCAAAAGAGGCGUGGCCGGGAAGAAAACCAGGUCUUAUACCUGGUGUUUAAGUUGUACAAUGUUUGUACAACAUAUUGUUGGUAUAAUCACCAGCCAUUUCCUGUCCCAUUCCGGGCACAGGCCUCUCCUAUCUCACUGGAGAUUAAGAGCUUACCCACCACUCUGCUCCAAAGCGGGUUGGCGGGCUUUAACUGUUGCGGUGACUUUUUUCGUCGUACAUUAGUGCCCCAGUUAGUCUAUCCAAUGUCUACGUCUUCUAAUCAUUGGUAAACACAAAUAAAAUUGAUAGUUUGGAGGAAAAAUGCGAUAACGAGUGUCGCGGUGCGCUGGCGGUAUCAAUUUAAUCAAUUGCGGUCGUUUAAGCAGCAGAAUAAAAUGUUCAAGUAGGAAUCUGAACAGCAAAAAAAUGUUUUAAAUUUUUUAUCACGGGUAUAGUAAAAUUUAAUUAGUUCCAAAAUUGCUUCGACUUACUGUAGAUUAUAUACAUUAUUGUCGAUGUUCGACGAUACAAGAAACAUUGUCUCCAUGUUAGCAUUGAUAACCUGGAUCUGAUCUGGAGCUUCAAGUGCUCCCCGAGACACGAAUUGCCUAAUUCCGAACUGUUGCUGCCAUUCUCUAGACAGAAAACCCAAUCUUUAACACAUUUUACCUCAAUCGAGAGAAUCGAAUCUAGGACCGCGUAAUCCUUAUUUGAUUUGACAAAAGACUAUAGUUGAACGAAAAUACCGAAUACCUAAAACAAUACCUAAACCAUGUAACAACUGUAUUUACAUACAAAACCAUGAACUCAUAGUAAAUAUAACUAUUCUACAAUUUUAAUAUUUGGAUUGGAACCAACACUGCGCGAUAUAUUAUGAACUUUUGUUAAUACAUGUGUAAGUGGAGGGAAAGUAUGUAUAUUGAAAAUACAACUUUUUCAACAAUUUAUUUGGUAGAUAAACAAAAUUAUAACAUUAGGUAGAAUAUGUAUAUACAUUCGUCUGAAAAAAGCAUGCUAGACUAGCGGGCCCUGCAGACGAUAUAUUAGAUAAAUUAAAUGAAAUAUUUUAAUCUAAUCGCAGCGCCACCUACGGGGUCCAAUUGUGUGAAUGGUCCAAACAUA